UUGCUGAUCGUUCCCCUUCCCACAGACUGGCUACCAUCACCCAUCGGCAUCUCGACAUCUUUCUAUAAAAGGCCAUCUCCACCCCCUUGAUCUCAAAAGCCCCUGCUACGGCCUCCACCUGCGCCAGGCACCUGUUACACCCCCUGCACGAUAGAACAAUAAGAGAUCUCGACUUUUUUGUCGGACUCUCUUCUGGCGCCCGCUCGACCGUUUCCCUUGGCGGCGACGUUCUCCUUCUGAGGCUAGACCAUCCUGCGACGUGCAGCGUGUGGUGCAAGACCCGUCCUCACGACCGCCCUACCCCGACGCCACAGCGCCUUCCCCGUCCGAGCGCGGCCUCAAAGUAUCCCCCCAAUCAGCCCAUCGCGACCUCGUCCGUCCGUCCCUUAUUAUUACAGUCUCUGCAUCACAUCAGCCGCCUUUCAGCCCGCGCGCCUCAUAAUAAGGCGGACAGCACGCUCCUAGCAUCCCCCCUGCAACAACCAAGAUGGACGCCGGAACAGCCCACGCCAUGAGCUGGACAGAGGCCACAAAGGGCCACGUCCCGCCCCCUCUUACGGGCCCAUCGGUCACCAUCUCCCCCCUCCCCCUCCCACACCCCCCGACCAUAUUCCUCUUUGGCGGCAAAUCCGUCCUCACCCGCCGGCUCACCGCCAACAUGUGGGCCAUGGACAUUUCCUCCCGCACCUGGACCCAGAUCGACCCCGGACCCGGGCCCUCGCCCCGGUACUUUCACUCCAUGGACGUCUACCAAGACAAGCUCGUCUGCUUUGGCGGCAUGUCGGACGCCGAGCCGAAUAUGGCGGUGCACAAUGAUGUCUGGGUGUUCGACUGCUCGGCGAGACGGUGGUUACCACAGCCUUCGCCCAGUGGUGGUGGGAUCGGCCUGGGGAUCGAUAUGGCCGCGCAAGAUCCAGGACUGGUGCCAUCGCCGAGGUAUGCCCAUUUGAGCGCCAUCUCGAGGGGCCGGCUGGUCGUUUCUGGCGGGCAGCAUAGCGACAAUUCAUGGGUCUACGAGAUCAACGUGUACGACUUGCAAAGUAGAGUAUGGGUGUCCAAGACGGAGCAGCCUCAGGCGGGAGGGAUGUUUUCGAAGGGAGCGUAUAGGAGUGUAGCGGCGAGCUCGUCCAAGCGCGUCAUCACCCCUGCUCCAGAGUCCAAGCCUGGCUCCCAAUCAUACUCUGUCGAUGAAGAAGGCGAGGGUGGAGACGUGUGGUGCUACUCAAACUAUGACUUUGCCAAGGUCCGACGCGAACUCGACAUCAUCUCGCCUUCUUCCUCCUCCCAGCCCACGGCGAAACACAACCCCCCGCCAAACUAUGCCAUCCUCGACAAAUCCGCCCUCAUGCGCGGGUCUUCCCAGCCUCCCGGGUUGCGCUUCCCCACCGGCGGUAUCGUCGGCAACCACUUUAUCCUCUGCGGUCUCUACCUCGCUUCGGUGUCUGGUAAAUUCUCCAUCUGGGCGCUCAACAUGGAUACGAUGGCCUGGCGGCAUAUCGAGCCUGCUGCUCUUGCUGGCGGGAGCUGGAACAGGGCUGUCGUGUGGGCCGAGAGGGGCAAGGUGCUGGUGUUUGGCAACUCCCAGCUCGACCUCGCGCAAGAUUACAGCCGACGCGCGGUCAACCUCGACCACAUGGCCGUCAUCUCCCUCGAAGCUUUCGGCAUCUACCAGCCCCCGUCCCUCGUCGUGCCUCCGAAAGUCCAGCAGACAGGCCUGUCGAUGAUGGAUGAAAAGCUCGCUUCGGACUUUGAAGUCAUUUGCGACGACGGCCGGCGGGUCAAGUGUUCGCGCAAGGUGUUGAGUGAGAGGUGGCCGUGGUUUAAUGAACAAGAAAAAGCGCUGGGAAGGGAGACGCAGAACGUCAUCACCGAAGCGCCCGCGGUCGACAUCAACGACACCCUCCUCGGCUCUUUCACCCCCGCCCGUCUCUCCCCCUCCACCCUCACCUUGUCCGAACCAUUCCCCGUCUGCGUCGCCCUCGUCCAAUACUUUUACACCCUCUCCCUCUCUACGCCACUCCAGAACCGCGCCCCGAUCCUGUCGGCGCUGUUGUUUAUCGGCAAGCAGUAUGGUUUGGAGCGGUUGGUGAGGCUGGUGGUGCAUGCUUUGCAUGGGCGGUUGGAUGGGGGAGGGGGGGCGGCGGUGGGGAUUUAUGAGAUUGCGACGUUGGCUGGGGAGAGGGAUUUGCAGGUGCGCGCGUUGAAUAUCGUUCAUGGCGGAAAGGGCGGUUCAAGUUCUUCAAGGGGACAUCGAUCACAGCCGGAUGCCUCUACUGGUGUGGAGAAUGGCACCUCACCCUCGAACGAGUUCAGACCUCAGGGAGGUGCUGUUGGUAAUGGUGCGCCGCCCGCCGGGAACACGCAAUCUGGCUCUGGUUCUUUCGCCGCGGGCGGUGAAGCGCCUAUCCGCCGUGCACGUGCCGACUCUGAUACCAUCCCUUCCGACACCACCCCUCUCGCCGAAUCGGACGUACCAGAGGAAGACCACAGGCAAGUCACCGCCCUCCUCUCUUCUCUGCGCGUCAAGUCGAACGGGUCCCCGGCACCGACAGCGCCAUUGCCGAGAUUACCCUCGAGCCCCGCGUCGAGUUUGAGGCCGAGUAUCGCGAUGAGGCGAGAGUCGGACCGGUCCUUGGCAUCUGCGUCCGCCUCUGCUCAGAGUCCGGUGGAUCCGCCGGUGCUUCCACCGCUUCUGCCUCCCCGCAGUGCUAUGCGCGUCCCCCCACCCCCUAUCGCCCCUCCCCCCGCUGGCCGUCUCCCACCCGUCCCCAACAUGCCCAACCUCCCCAAGACACCCGACCUCGCCAACAGCUCCUCGUCCGACCACCGUCAUUCCGGCGGCAUCUUCCGCGCAUCAUCCCCCACGAAUUCAGAGGCUACCAACUUGCCGGCGACGCCGUCUGAGAGUCUGAGUUUGAGGGAGAGCUGGAUCUUGCCGCAGCAUAGGGAUUGGUCUGUCUCGACGGGAUCUGGGUUGGGUGCGAUCGGGGGAGGGGGUAUGAUGGAUAGUAGGAGUUCGUCGGGCUCGGGGUUGACGGGGUUGUUGCCCGUUUUGCCGGAGGAUGAUCCCAUGCCGACGCGUGGGAAUGGGCGGUUCGACCUCUUCCCGGGGGGGAAGAAGCAGACGACGACGGAACACGGCUUGCUGCCUCCUGCGAGCUUGCACCACUCCCAAAGCCAGGGACAAGGCCAGACGCAGACGAGUCCAUCACCAAACGUCUCCCCCAUCUCGCACAACUUGUUUUCGUUCGAGUCUUCUCCCUUACCCACGCGUGCUCAGAGUGCGCAACAACAGUCUGUGCACAACUCGCCCAUCCCACCCACAGCGUCGAGGGUAGCAUCCUACUCGUCCUCGACCUUUUCGCCGACUUACCAACAGACACUGAAAAACAACCGUCAUCUGUCGAUCGCUACCCAGUCGUCCGGCACGUCGGGCUUGUCCAAUAUGUCGGGCAUGUCGAACCCUCUGUCGCCUACGGGUACGGACUGGAGCGAGGACAGUAUUGGGGGUUUUAUCAGGAGUUAUACGGGGAAGGGGAAGAGCGGGAUGGGGAGAGAGUUUGAUAGUAGCUCGAUCUCGUCUGGAUCGACGGGGACUAGUAGUAAGAAGGCUGCGAAGGAAGAGGCCAAGCUUAUCAGGGAAGCCGAAAAGCGACAGAAAAAGGCCGAAGCCCAAGCACAUUUCGAGCAACUCCGCGCCGAGCAAGCCCGCAAGAUGGCACUCUCCAAAGCCGAAGCCCAGCGUCGGGCCGACAUUGCGGCAGCCAACUCGAAAGCCGAGUUGGACAGGAAGGUGAUGGAGAAGGCUGCGAUGGGGCGGGAGAGGGAGCAGGAGAAGGCGGAUGCCAAGAGCGUGAAGAGCGCGGCGGGGAGUGGAAAGAAGAGCAAGUGGGGGAAACUUGCGAAUGGGUUCAAGGAUGCGGUCUUGUUCCCUGAAGGAGGGUCGCAGAGCACAAUGUUCUGAGACUCUAUCUAUUCCUGGGCUUGAACCGGCUUGUGGCCUUUCUCUCUCUUGUCUCUUUUUGGGCUUUUUUGUUUCUCGCCUUUUGGGCCUCUUUUCCGGGUUUUGCUUGCCGUGGUGUGGGUGUAUACUAUUGUAGAAUUGAGUAUCUCGAAGGAAGAAGAAGCAGUAAAAGGAAGAAGAAUAUUAGAAAACCAAAAUCGAAAUCGAAAAUCAAAAGCUUGUAUCAUGGUGUUGAAUAACGUAUAGAGCGUAUACCCAUACUCUACCUAGACCUUUCUCUCCCCCUUGUCUUUUGCUCUCUCUCUUUCGUUUAUACUCUACAACCAUACCAAAAAUUAUCAGUCAGAUACCAAAGAUGAAAAUGAUCAUGACAACA